CGAAACCUCAAACUCAUUCAUACAUAUAACGGUAUAGACACGGUUGUGUUCGUGAGAUUUUGAUUGGUUGUUCAGUUUCGUGUUGUAGCCAGCACCGGCUGGUCGAUUAUUUUUAUCGGGUUGAUCGGGAAAAAGUGCUUGACUCACCUAACAACGGUGCAGUGUCCGGGACGGUUGAAUCGCGGUUGUGUUUCUGGCCAAAUGGUGACAAAACGGGUGCUAAUAACUUAGCACAGAGAGCUAGCCAGUAGCCUGCUGCUGGAAGGAGUCUCCAGCUUCUUCGGAGGAUGAUGAAAACGGCUCAAGGAGUGAAAAAGUGCUGUCUUAUACCGAAUCCAUUCGACGUUAUCCAAACACCGGAAAUGGUCGAAUCAAUCGAAAAGUGCGUAUCGGAAUUCGGAGAACUAAAAGGCGAACGGAAGAGGAUGUGCACCUACCACUGCCAAACGUCGCUGCUGCAAUUGGUGAAUAAAACAGCGGUAAACAGGGCAAAAUUUCUUAAUAUGAUUAAAAGUGCCAUCGUCGUCGGUGGGAAAGCCCGGGAGGAAGUGAUGGCCAUUGCAUCCGAGUGUCUAAACCAAGCUCCCAUGAUGGUCAGAGCGAUCACGAAUCACUCGUUGGGUUGCAAUCCACUGGCCUACAUGCUGGACGAAUGCAUCAUGUCCGGCCUCUACUAUAACUGUCCGGAUGAGUUUUGGAAGAAAGACGAAAUCUGUGACCACAUCGCUGAGCGUUAUGCUGUAUGCAGUUGAAAACAUCUUAACAGAACGCAGCAUUUUUU